GCGUGUCCCGACGCGCGUCCCGUCUUUAUAACCCCACGAUACCGCGACGUAACCCAUCUAUACCACUUCUCAUUUAUCAUUGUCAUGUCUAGCUCAACCAACACCACCGACCAUGACCAUCAACUCCUGGGCGUAGGCCAGCAGUGCUCGGCGCCGUCCUGCCACCUCAUCGAUUUCCUUCCCUUCAAGUGCCAACACUGCAACGAGAACUUUUGCGGUGAUCACUUCAGCGUCAGCGGGCACAAGUGUCCGAAGUAUGAUGAGAGCAAGCACAAUCGUGUUGCCCCGAGUUGCCCCUUGUGUAACGAGCCCGUGGCCAUCCCGCCGGGGCAAGAUCCUAAUGUUCGCAUGGAUAGACACAUCAACACGGAAUGUUCGGUCAUAACUGGGAAAGCAGCGAAGAAGUCUACACCAGUAUGUACAAGAGGCAAAUGUGGCAAAGUGCUGUUCGCACCUAUCUCCUGUGACAAAUGCAGGAAGCAAUUCUGUGCAUCACACCGAUUUCCCAGUGAUCACGACUGUGUGUCACUUUCCACCGCAUCGACUGCCACAAAGCUCAGGAGCAAGCCUGCAAUGUCUACUCCUUCUCUGCCAACAUUCAAAUCAUCUUACCGACCGACUACUUUUGCCGCUCGACCCUCUGCCUCGACAGGAUCCUCGAAUCAAGCUUCGAUUUCAUUGCCUUCCAUAUCCAUCGCCAACCCGUUUAACCCCGCUGACCGACGGGCGAAGGCAGAGAGAGAGAGUAGGAGAAAGGCUAUGAUGGAGAGAGCGAAGAAGGGGUUGCUUAGCGAGGAAGAGAAGCUGAUGCUCGCGGGCGAGGAAGCAGAAAGAGCACAGGCGGUGGAGGAAAAGAAAGACAAGGAAUGCGUUAUCAUGUAGCUGCACACCGG